AUGAACAUCAUACGGACAAACUAUGCAUUAUUGAGACCUCUCAGAUUCAAAAAGGUUCCAAUGACACAAUUCAUUUUACCAAUCAAUGUUUUAUCGAGAUCUUACCUCACUACUCCAUCACCAUCACAUCCAUUCUCAUUGCAGAAGUCCUCCCAUUACAACCCAGUUUUCCACUACUCAACCAAAACCGCACCACCACCACCACCUCCCCCACCUCAACACCCGCAUGACAAAAAUCUCAAAGGCAAAAGAAUCCUCAACCGAAUCUCUCGUGCAUUCACAUUUUCCUUAUCAUCAGUAAUCGUCUUGGGAGCAGCAGCAAUUGCUCUUUUGGUCAUCUACCUCAUACUUUCAGAAUUAUUUUUACCUUCUGGAGACACGCGUACAUUCAAUAAAGCAGUCAAGUUAGUGGAACAAAAUGAACAAGCUCAAGUCGCGUUGGGAUUCCCCAAGGGAGAAAGAUUGAAAGCUUACGGGCUUGUCGCUGCUGAUAAGUGGGUGCGCAACAGACCAGUGCAAAGUUCCAAGACGAGAACUAAAGAUGGUAAGGACCACUUGGUUAUGAAGUUUCAAGUUGAGACAAGUACUGGCAGAAUUGGUGUUGUUACAUUGGAACAGGUUGAUAACUCAUGGUGGAAUACUGAGUUUGAGUAUAUGGCAUUGGACGUACUGGGUUUUUGGGAUUAA